AUGGCCGACACCGGUCUUUCAGAAGUUCCAGAAAGUCAAAUCGAAUCAAACUAUGACGAAGUCACCGAUUCUUUCGAUGCCAUGGGUCUCAAACCCGAACUUUUGCGUGACCUUCAGCUAUCCAGCAACGCGCUAUACAGCCUGUCAUUCAAGGUAAGAGGCGAAUUCUGGCAUCCAGUGUUGAUACCGGGUCUCGGGAUCGACCUUGGACCAACCCGGACCAACUUUGGAUCAACACAAAGACAUCAACUGACCAAUUCGCGUGAAGGCAAAGACGUCAUAGCGCAGGCCCAGAGCGGCACAGGCAAGACGGCGACAUUCAGCAUCUCGGCGCUCCAAAAAAUCGACCCGAACCUCAAGGCAUGCCAGGCGUUGAUUUUGGCCCCGACGCGUGAACUGGCGCAGCAGAUUCAAAAGGUGGUAGUGGCGAUUGGGGAUUUCAUGAACGUCGAGUGCCACGCGUGCAUCGGAGGGACAAACGUGCGUGAAGACAUGAAGGCGUUGCAGGAUGGACCGCAGGUGGUUGUCGGUACUCCAGGUCGGGUGCACGACAUGAUCCAGCGCCGAGUGUUGAAGACGGACAGCAUGAAGAUGUUCAUUUUGGACGAGGCUGACGAGAUGCUCUCGCGCGGAUUCACCGAACAAAUCUAUGACAUUUUCCAACUCCUCCCGCAAUCGACCCAAGUCGUUCUGUUGUCGGCUACGAUGCCACAGGACGUGUUGGAGGUCACGACCAAAUUCAUGCGCGACCCGGUCCGUAUCCUUGUCAAGAAGGCGGAGUUGACCCUCGAGGGUAUCAAGCAAUUCUACAUCGCAGUCGAAAAGGAGGAAUGGAAGCUCGACACGCUGUCUGAUCUGUACGAGACAGUCACCAUCACACAAGCCGUCAUCUUCUGCAACACCCGGAGAAAGGUUGACUGGCUCACCGACAAGCUCCAAGCACGUGACUUCACGGUCUCUGCCAUGCAUGGUGAUAUGGAGCAGGCUCAGCGUGACGUGAUCAUGAAGGAGUUCCGCUCGGGGUCGUCGCGAGUUCUGAUUGCCACCGACCUUUUGGCGCGUGGGAUUGAUGUCCAACAAGUCUCACUGGUCAUCAACUACGAUCUUCCAGCCAACCGUGAGAACUACAUCCAUCGUAUCGGACGUGGUGGUCGAUUCGGCCGAAAAGGCGUUGCUAUCAACUUUGUCACUGCCGACGAUGUUCGCAUGAUGCGAGAAAUCGAGCAAUUCUACAGCACUCAAAUCGAAGAGAUGCCCAUGAACGUUGCCGAUCUCAUCUAA